UGCCAUUUGGGGAAAGUUUUGGGUGUUCUAAUCCUUGUAGCAUGUUUUACAUGGGGACUUCAAAAUUUUGUACAGCUUAAUGGCAAGUGUUUGUCUCAAGAAGUCGUUCUACAAUCAAGAAAGGCUAGCUUCAUAGUACCAAGGUGUGCAAGGUAAUAUACCUGUUACCCUGGGGAAUAACAGGACAUUAAACACAGUUUUACAGGCUAAGGACAGUAGAAGUUCUCAAAGCAAGAUACAUGUUAGCCACUAUCAUGAUUUACAAAAAAAUUUUAUUAAAGGAGUGCUUUACACAUUGAACUACUCUUAGAUCACUAACAGAUCAAGUCCAGUUAUAUAAAUUUCAUAUAAAUUACUUUGUGUAAUUUAUAGUAAAUGCAGGUUUUUUUCCCCCAGAAUUAUGGAUGAAAUACCUGACAGCAGGUCUUUCUAUAAUAAGUUUGAAAAGGUUUGAGCACAGAAGAAAGGGAGACAAUCCAUAUAUUUUGAAGGCACGGUUUAAUAGUAUAGUUUUUUUCCCCUAAGUAUACUGGUUGAGAUAUUGAAAUGGAAUGGGUCAGGUGAAUUGAGAGAGAAAUGCACUUUGAAGACAGGUCUAAAAAAUGGUGAUAACCUUUUCCUCACUCCCAGAAGAUUAGGGGGGAAAAAAACCAGUGCACAGAGUAGACAGCACAUUUUGAGGUACUCUUAUAGAGAAUGAUUGAGAACCAAGAAUUAGAACACAUUUCUUGCACAAAAUUGUUGAUUUUGAAGAAAGUGCUUAUAAGGGCAUCAGUGCUUCUUGUCAUUGUAUUAUCUCGAAUGAAAUUUUACAUGAACAUGAAUGGCUGGAUGCAUAAAAAAUUAAAACUGAGGUGUACACACUGCCAUUUGGAGGGAAAAAAUGCAUUUUUAAAAUUAAGUUAGAGGGAAAUGAUAUAUAUACAGCUUUUGAACUCUGAGGCAUAAUUGUAGUAUAUUAAAUGUGACUGAACUAGUCUACAAAGAUACGUAAGUGUUGAGUAAUAGUGAUGGAGGUGUGUGUGGAGAGUGAGAAGGCUAAACCAUGGGAUGAGUUGGGAAUUUUGAGACAAAUCUAAGCUCUACUAAAUUCUUUUGUUGUAAACUCGGCUGUUAGAUUUUGUUAAAUAGGAAAGCAGUCUUAGAAGCAUUGUUUUGAGAUCCAUCCUGUUUCCAACUGCAAGCAUUGGUCUCAGCUGUCCCACAGUGCCUUGCAUGUAAAGGUGCUCAAUAAAUAUUUGAACUGAUGAGUAAAUGUUUAGCCUGUUAGUUUUCCAGGAUCUUAUAAUUGCAUCUAUUUGCAUCUUAAGCCUAGGGUGAAUUUUAAAAUCUGAAGAGCAUAGUGCAAAAUAAACAAUUGUAUACGUCUCUUCCUAGACAUGUAGAAUUUAGAGUCUGACAACCAUGUAUACAUGUUUAGGACAUAGACAAGGAGAAGAAAAAGUGCAGUAGCGUAUGGAUGGUGAAAUAGUUAUGUAAGGGUCAACUGCACUUUGGAGAGUGGGAUGACAAAUAUUUAAUUUGGUGAAAAGGGAAUAACACUUCUGUUCAUACUGGACCUAGGACUAUUUUCUAAGGAAUUAAUUCGUGAAUCAGGAGAACAGCAUAUAGCUUGUACCCUUAUUAGCACUUCAAAGGCUGCAUGGUACCUAGACACUAAGGCUGGACUAAAUUGUGAAGAAUUAAAAAUAGGUGCUUUUGGCUUUAGACUGGGAAUAUCCAGAUUCUGAGACACACGAAAUCUCAUUACACUGUUCUCAGUUGUUUUUCAGCUAGAUCGUCUUAGACAGCAAAAGCAGGAGCUUGGAUUUGCUUCUCCAACUUGAGCUUCAGAUGAGAGUAAUUUGGGGAACAUUUUCUCUAAGGUAGCUUUGGACAGGAAAUGACCAAUGAUACUUUGUAAACCCAUUUACCAGGCCAUGAGUGGUUAGGCAAGUGAGAAAAACACUGGUGGACGCAAAAUGAUCUGGAGAGAAUUAAGGACAACUCAUGGGUGGAGAUGGCAGUUGCUGGGGAAUGCAGCACCCAAGUAAGGACACCAGGUGGCACCAUCUGUUAGCAGUUACACAUUGCCUCGUACCUCCAACAGAGAGGUAAAAUCACAGGCUAGCAAGGAGUUGAAGGAACCAACCCCCCAUUACAUACUGUUGUGGCUAAUGACUCUUGCCUCCUUCCUCUAGAUUUGGGAAAUAAAUGUGAAAAUCUCAUUUUAUGUUUCGUUACAUCUGCAUGGUAGAAGGGAAGGAAGCUUCCUGCUUCUGGUAGGUAUUGCCAGUUGGUCUUUUAGGAGGUUGCUUCCCUGAUCUUUGUGUCAACAUGUGAGCUUUAUAGAUCUCGUUUUUAAUACGUGGCUACAAUACACACAGGAUCAUACUUGAUCUACAACUUGGCCAGUACAAUACCCACCCACAGCGAUGGGUUUAGGGGUCCUUUCCCUCUUGCUAACAUAUAUCCGCCAGGGGUUCUAAGGCUCUGGAUAGGGUGAGACAGAUACACCAGUGUACUUUUUCUCUGGGACUCAAGUCUUGGCUUAGGCUAACCUUUUCAUAAAUUUCUUGAAAUGGCAACAAGAGAGAAAGUCAGGCUUAUAGAAAAUAAACUCUCAGGCUGAGACAUCUAUGAAAUAUGAAUAUGCAAAGAUACUUCUGUGUCCCACCCCCCAGCUAGAAAAACUAGGCCACUAAAACUAGUGCCACUAAGCUUGACGGUGACCUCGCUAAAGUAACAGUACUAGGGAAAAGGUUUCACGAGUAAAUUUUAACACGAACGAGGAAAACAUCUGGAGCAACAAGGCUCUGGUUAAUUCUAGGUGAGAGAGCUUGGUGGGACAUUGGCUAAAGCCUAAAGAAACCAUGAAACAUAUAUCCCAUAGGCACAUUCGCUUGUCUUGCCUAUCCCCAACACACCUAAAGCGCCCUCCCCUUUCUUCCCUCAUGGCCAAUCAGGUUGCAGAGUUCAAAACACUUUAGCGAUCCAAAGAGUUACUCAGGAGAGUAAUUUCCGCGUAGGUCAAAGCGGUCGGGCAGGCGGUAAGCAGAAACUUCUCCAAUCGCUUUAAAUCCUAGCGUUUGGGGUCGAUGGGAGCAGAGCCGUAUGGCUGUACCUCAAUCUUAUAAUUCUGAGUUGGGAGUUAGUUUCACCUCUGGUCCUUCGGGCUUAUCAAAUCCCAACUGUAGCACCCUGGGGGCGUGGUUACCGUCUUGUUGGGGCUCUGGGAAGUGCAGUUCUGUGGGGGACCAGUCCUGAUAAUACCAUAAAAGGCUUGGUUCUCUCAAUUCUGAAGCCAUAUUCUGUUGACCUUCCUCUAGGAGCGAUACCCGCGAUUCCGUUGUGCAGAAUCCGUGGUUCUCGAGUCCCACGUCCUCUGCUUCCUAGGCCCUUCAUUGGCCCCGCCCCCAUAAACCUUACUCGUCCACUCUCGGAACGCCCUCCUGGCUGCAGACCGCACCCCCUCGCCUCGGCUCCGCCUACCCAGCCCGUAGCUUGGCCCAGGCGGUAGUUCGCGUUUUGAGCCGUUCGUGCCACCAUAGCUGCUCCUACCGCUGCUGCCGCGGAGCGCAGAGCGCUGAGCGCGAUGCCUGAGGGCGCUGUAAGCGGGGCGGCCCCCUCGCCCCGGGGCUGGUCAGUGAGAGGGCAUACUGGAAGGCCGUGUGGAGUGGGAAGGCAGUGCCACUGUUGAGACAAGUCCCAAGAUUGGGCCAGGAACUGUCCCGGGGGCUCCUCAUCAUGACGGCUGUGGAAGGGUCGACCAUUACCAGCCGGAUCAAGAACCUGCUGCGGUCCCCAUCCAUCAAAUUACGCAGGAGUAAGGCAGGAAACCGGCGAGAGGACCUCAGCUCUAAGGUGACCUUGGAGAAGGUGCUUGGAAUAACAGUGUCUGGAGGCAGCGGACUUGCCUGUGACCCCCGAUCAGGUUUAGUUGCCUACCCAGCUGGGUGCGUGGUUGUGCUGUUCAAUCCCCGGAAGCACAAACAGCACCACAUCCUCAACAGUUCCAGGAAAACCAUCACUGCCCUUGCCUUCUCCCCUGAUGGCAAAUACUUGGUCACCGGAGAGAGUGGGCACAUGCCUGCCGUGCGAGUUUGGGAUGUGGCUGAGCAUAGCCAGGUGGCAGAGCUGCAGGAGCAUAAGUAUGGUGUGGCUUGUGUGGCCUUCUCCCCUAGUGCCAAGUACAUUGUCUCCGUGGGCUACCAGCAUGACAUGAUCGUCAACGUCUGGGCCUGGAAGAAAAACGUCGUGGUAGCCUCCAAUAAGGUGUCCAGUCGGGUGACGGCAGUGUCCUUCUCUGAAGAUUGCAGUUACUUUGUCACUGCAGGCAACCGGCACAUCAAAUUCUGGUACCUCGAUGACAGCAAGACCUCAAAGGUGAAUGCCACUGUGCCCCUGCUGGGCCGCUCGGGGCUGCUGGGGGAGCUACGGAACAACUUGUUCACAGACGUGGCCUGUGGCCGAGGGAAGAAGGCAGACAGUACCUUCUGCAUCACGUCCUCCGGGCUGCUGUGCGAGUUCAGUGACCGGAGGCUUUUGGAUAAGUGGGUGGAGCUGAGAACCACUGUGGCCCACUGCAUCUCUGUGAGCCAAGACUACAUUUUCUGUGGCUGUGCUGAUGGUACCGUGCGCCUCUUCAACCCCUGUAACCUGCAUUUCCUCAGCACCCUGCCCCGGCCCCAUGCUCUGGGGACAGACAUUGCCAGUGUCACUGAGGCCAGUCGCCUCUUCUCUGGAGUGGCCAAUGCCAGGUAUCCAGACACCAUUGCCUUGACCUUUGAUCCUACUAAUCACUGGCUGUCUUGUGUAUACAACGACCACAGCAUUUAUGUUUGGGACGUGAGGGACCCCAAGAAAGUGGGCAAGGUGUACUCGGCUCUGUAUCAUUCCUCCUGCGUCUGGAGUGUGGAGGUCUAUCCUGAAGUGAAGGACAGUAACCAGGCUUGCCUGCCUCCCAGUUCCUUUAUCACUUGUUCCUCGGACAACACCAUUCGCCUGUGGAACACAGAGAGUUCCGGGGUACAUGGCUCCACCCUGCAUCGAAACAUCCUCAGCAAUGACCUCAUUAAGAUCAUCUAUGUGGAUGGGAACACUCAGGCCCUGCUGGACACUGAGCUGCCUGGAGGAGACAAAGCUGAUGGGUCCCUGAUGGAUCCCCGUGUAGGCAUCCGCUCUGUGUGUAUCAGCCCCAAUGGACAGCAUCUAGCUUCAGGGGACCGUAUGGGCACACUUAGGGUGCACGAGCUGCAGUCCUUGAGUGAGAUGCUGAAGGUGGAGGCCCAUGACUCGGAAAUUCUAUGCCUGGAGUACUCUAAGCCAGACACAGGUCUGAAGCUACUAGCAUCAGCGAGCCGGGACCGGCUGAUCCACGUGCUGGAUGCUGGACGGGAGUAUAGCCUACAGCAGACACUGGACGAGCACUCAUCCUCCAUUACGGCUGUGAAGUUUGCAGCCAGCGAUGGGCAAGUCCGCAUGAUCAGCUGUGGAGCAGACAAGAGCAUCUACUUCCGCACUGCUCAGAAGUCUGGAGAUGGAGUACAGUUUACACGGACACAUCACGUGGUACGGAAGACGACCCUCUAUGACAUGGAUGUGGAGCCCAGCUGGAAGUACACGGCCAUCGGCUGCCAGGACCGAAAUAUUCGGAUCUUUAACAUCAGCAGUGGGAAGCAGAAGAAGCUAUUUAAAGGGUCACAGGGUGAGGAUGGCACUCUGAUUAAGGUGCAGACAGACCCUUCAGGGAUCUACAUUGCCACUAGCUGUUCUGACAAGAACCUCUCCAUUUUUGACUUCUCUUCAGGAGAGUGCGUGGCCACCAUGUUUGGCCACUCAGAGAUUGUCACUGGCAUGAAGUUUAGUAAUGACUGCAAACAUCUCAUCUCUGUAUCAGGGGACAGCUGCAUAUUCGUGUGGCGCCUGAGCUCUGAGAUGACCAUCAGCAUGAGGCAGCGUCUGGCUGAGCUGCGCCAGUGUCAGCGAGGUGGCAAGCAGCAAGGACCAUCCUCUCCCCAAAGGGCUGCUGGACCCAACCGGCACGAGGCCCCAUCUAAGCUCUCUGCUGGACCAGCUCUCUCAUCAGAUAGUGACAAGGAGGGAGAAGACGAGGGCACCGAAGAAGAAGAACUUCCAGCUCUCCCCAUCCUUGCCAAGGGUACCAAGAAAGAGCUAGCCUUGGUGCCCAGCCCGGCCCUGCCCCGAAGCCUGUCCCACUGGGAGAUGAGUCGGGCACAGGAGACGGUGGAGUUCCUGGACCCAGCUCCUGCAGCCAACCAGGGACCCAGAAGGAGGGGGCGCUGGGCUCAGCCAGGCGUGGAGCUCAGUGUUCGCUCCAUGCUGGACCUGCGGCAGCUGGAGACACUGGCCCCAAGCCCUCGGGACCCUAGCCAGGACUCGCUGGCCAUGACCCCAUCUGGUCCUGGGAAGCAUGGUCAGCAGGCCCCGGAAACCUCACAUGCCAGUCAGAGUGAAAAUCUCCCUCGGCUUCAGCAUUCCCAACCCUGUUCCUGCCCCCACCUUAUCCGAUUGUUAUCCCAAGAGGAAGGGGUCUUUGCCCAAGAUCUGGAGCCUGCACCCAUCGAAGAUGGUAUUGUCUACCCAGAGCCGAGUGACAGCCCCACCCUGGACACCAGUGAGUUUCAGGUGCAGGCACCAGCCCGAGGGACUCUAGGAAGAGUGUACCCAGGCAGCAGAGGCUCAGAGAAGCACAGCCCUGAUAGUGCCUGCUCUGUGGAUUUCAGCAGCAGCCGCCUUUCCAGCCCUGAGCACCCUAAUGAAGACUCUGAGAGCACGGAGCCCCUGAGUGUGGAUGGCAUUUCCUCAGACCUUGAAGAGCCAGCUGAGGGUGAUGAGGAAGAGGAGGAAGAGGAGAGAGGCACUGGCUCCUGUGGGCUGCAGGAAGGCAGCCCCCACACCCCAGACCAGGAGCAGUUUCUAAAACAGCACUUUGAGACUCUGGCCAAUGGGGCUGCUCCAGGGGGCCCAGUCCGAGUACCAGAGAGGACAGAGUCUCGGAGCAUCUCUUCACGAUUCCUGUUGCAAGUGCAGACACCCCCACUCAGGGAACCAUCCCCAUCUUCCUCAAGCCUGGCACUGACGUCGAGACCAGUCCAGGUGCCACAGGCUUCUGAUGAGCAGCUGAGAGGCAAUGGUGCCAAUCCUCCAGGAGCACCCCCAGAGGCAGAGCCCUACGCUGGAAACCCUGGCUCCCAGCAGGCAGCCCCUGUGCUGUUGCCACGACGCCGUCUCAACCCAGACAGCAGCUGGGCCCCCAAGAGAGUGGCUACAGCCAAUUCCUUAGGUGGACUCCAGAAAGCCCAGUCUGUGCAGAGUCUGGUGCCACAGGAUGAGGCCCCUCCACCAGGCCCAUUGCUCUUACGGGGGAUGGAAGCUCAAGAGGGCCUGCGCUCCCUGCCCCAGGCUGAUGGGCGGCUGUCUCGGCCACACUCCUACCAGAAUCCCACCACCAGUUCUAUGGCCAAGAUAUCCCGCAGCAUCUCUGUUGGGGAGAACCUGGGCCUGGUGGCUGAACCUCAAGCUCCUCCUGCCUCCAUCCGAGUUUCACCACUGAGCAAGCUAGCCCUGCCCACCCGGGCUCACUUGGUCCUUGACAUCCCAAAGCCACUGCCUGAUCGACCCACCCUGGCCACAUUCUCACCUGUUACAAAGGGCCGGGCUCCUGGUGAGGCAGAACAGCCUGGCUCUCCAGCAGGCCUAGGAAAGGCUCACAGUACAUCUGAGAGGCGGGCCUGUUUGGGAGAGAGUACCACUUCCAAACCUAGGACAGGGUGCCAGGCUCAGCGUGGGCUCAACAUCCCAUGUGCCCAGCAACUGCCGGUCAGCAGUCUCUUCCGAGGCCCUGAGAACUUGCAACCCCCACACCCUGAGAAGACUCCCAGCCCCAUGGAAUGCACCAGGCCUAGGGCAGCCCUGAGCCAGGACUCAGAACCAGCAGUGAGCCUGGAGCAGUGCGAACAACUUGUGGCAGAGCUCCAGGGCAAUGUGCGCCAGGCUGUGCGGCUCUACCAUUUGGUGGCUGGCUGCAAGACGCCCUCAGCAGACCAAAGUCGCAUCACUCAGCUCCUCAGAAACACCUUCUCUUCACUACGGCAGGAGCUAGAGGCCCUGGCUGGGGCAGUGUUGUCCAGCCCAGGAGGGAGCCCUGGGGCUGUGGGGGCUGAGCAAACACAGGCCCUGCUAGAACAAUACUCAGAGCUGCUGCUUCGAGCUGUGGAGCGUCGCAUGGAACACAGACUCUGAGUCUCAGAAGCUUGUCCCAAGUGAAUGCUCCCCCUUUUCCAAACUGUAGUCCCUCCUCCACUCACCAAAACCUGUGGGCGUACUUGGAGUGGAUAGUAGGGAUCAGUGCUCAGAGGGGAAGCAGCUUUCCCAGCAGCUCCUCAUGGGGCCCCUGUAUUUAUUAAUUUAUUUCCUUGACCGUUGCCUCACUUUCUUGGGACUCCUGCCUCCACAGCCCCUCCAGUGGCUCAUGCAGGGGUAGGUCUUAGGUUUUUGUCAUCUUGGUGCUGUGAGGAGUAGGAGGGCAGCCUGCCCCAUCUGGGCGAAAUCGGGAAGGGCUGGCCCUCUCUUCUUAGAAGCCAUUUGAAAUUACUGCAGGGAUCAGCUCCCUGGGGUGGAGCACACACAGGGUAUUUGGUGGGGUAGAGGUGAGAGGCAGUGUAGUGUUCAGUGCCCUUCAGCCAACAGCAGAGCUUCACCUCUACCUCCACUUCCCCUCCCACACCAGCUGCACUCCCCUGGCUGCCAGAGCGGGGCUUGUCUGUCUUCCCCAGUUCCCGGCAGUUCAGAAAGGCAGAGCCCUCUGGCCCAGGGUGUUCCCAGCCGAGUUGUUAGCAAAGUCUGAGCCCCCACAUUCCACUCCCAUUCCCCUGCAAGGGGGCCCUAUUAUUGUCUCUCUCCCUGUGCCCCCUUUCUCUCCUGGCCAGAACUUGUGGAGCCAGCUGUGGGACGUUGCUGCAGGACAGUAGAACCCUCUCCUGGGCAAACAUGAAGCCCUGGCCCCCUUUCCUCGGCCCCUUGGUCUUUCCUGUCUUCUAACCCUGGUCCCCUCCAACCCUGACAAGCCCAGAGGCCGCCUUCUCCCUGCAUCCUGAGUAAUGCUCAGUCAGAAGCCUGUUGGAACUUCCCUCAUGGUUUACAGGGUGCUGGCCCACCUUCUAAGGACCUUGGCCACAGAUGCAAUCUUACACAUGCACACACGAGUGUUCAUUGCUAGAGUACUUGGCUGGCUGAUGUGUGCCUGGUUUCCUCUCUUCCCCUGCCCCAGCUUCACCACCCUGGCUCAUGUGGAACUCCUAUCAAGGAGCAUGAAAGGGGAUUCAGGUUUACACACUAAACCUGAAUUCUGGAUUCUUGGUGUCCACAACCUAGCUGACGUGAGAUGAUGGCCUGUAGGGAACCAGGUUUGGGUAGAAGGAGCCUCCUCAAAGGGAGUGCUGGGCACCCAGGGUGCUCUGGAUAUGGGAGAUUGAGGGGAGGGAGGCAUGUGGAACUGCAGCAGGGGCCAAGAGACACACUGGAAGGGUAGUAGGCGGGACAGGUAAGUGGUAGAGGUGAGGGGAUAGAUUAGAAUUAGAGGGCAGUUGUUAGGAGUGAGGGGAAGGAGAUGGGGCAGAGAGGGCAGGUAGAGUAGGACCAAAUAGUGAGGCAGUUGUUGAAGAGCUCGGGUGAAGAACAUGUGUCUCUGGGCCCCGCUGCUUCCCUCUGCCUCAGGUAAGUCAGGGCAGGUUUACCGCAGCUCCUGGCCAAAAAAGCCCAUUCUCUCAUGGACAGACCUUUGGACCCUGCUCACCCUAUAGGCAGAGGCGUAGGAAGAAAUUGGAUUCUGAAGGGUGCCCAGAUCUGUUUGCUUCACCCUGAGUGCAGCAGAACAGAUGUAACCUGUUUCACCCCACUACUUGCUACCCCACCUGCAUGGUUCAACUACAGAGAAAUCCUGGCCCCAAGAACCCUUGUAGCUGAGGGUGGAGCCCUGGCAGGGCUGCAGCUGCUCUUGUGAGGGUUAGAAAUCCACCGCCACUCUCCGAACCGGCACACGAGCCACAGCCCACCCAAAAUACGCCUCGGGCCUGGGCCUCUGGGCUGGGUUCUUAGCGAUCCUCAGCCAGCCUGUCCCUCGAGAGGAGGGAGCUACACUCCUGCUAAGGUUUGUGAGAAGGUGGCCGCCCUUUCCCUACCCCCAGCCCAGUGUGGGGCUCCUGAGGCCGGGUUGGCGCCCGUCCCCUUCUGCAUGUCUGAGGCCACUGGCAACUGCCGCCCCGUCCAGAUUUACCCUGACCCAGUUUUGAAAGCCCUUUAUUUAUAACUUUUAUACUUUGUCAGACCCUGGCGCUUCCCUCCCCAAAUCUCACGGGGCAGAGGGUGUUUUUAACAUGUCCAUUUGUAUUGAUGUAUGAACUCGUCAAUAAACACAAUCAUUUGUUAA